AUGGACACCGCAUCAAAGACCGGAGACGGUGUGUCUCAGCUUGAACGUCGCAACACCGAAGAUAUCGAACAGCUCAAGCACCAGGGCCAGAACAUUGCCAGAGGCGCUGAUCGCGCCGCGAACCUUAUCGGUGAUCAGCAAAUCGAGGUCACUGAGGAAGAUAACAAACGCAUCCGCCGAAAGACCGACAAGCGAAUCCUCUCGAUCCUCAUCUGGGUCUACUUUCUCCAGAUCCUCGACAAGUCCGUCCUCGGCUAUGGCGCCAUUCACGGCCUAAGAACAGACUGCAACUUGACCGGAAAUGAAUACUCCAUGGUCAGCUCCAUCGCCGCCAUAGCCCAGCUCGCAUGGCAGCCCUUUUCCUCAUGGCUCAUCGUCAAGGUGCCGCAUCGCACUCUGAUGGCCGUCUUGGUCUUGGGUUGGGGUAUCGCGCAGGUCUGCAUGGCUGCAUGCCACAACUACGCCGGUCUCUUGGCAACGCGCUUCCUUCUGGGCUUGUUCGAGGCCGGGUGCCUCCCGCUCUUCUCCGUCAUCACGUCUCAGUGGUACCGUCGCGCCGAGCAGCCCAUGCGCGUGGCAUUCUGGUACGGCACAAACGGUCUCGCAACCAUGUUCGCCGCCUCCGUCUCUUACGGCCUGGGUCAGAUCAGCGGGUCCAUCCACUCGUGGCAGAUCCUCUUCAUCUUUGUCGGCCUGAUCACGGUCCUCUCCGCGCCCGUGGUCUGGUUCGUCCUCGACAGCGAUAUCCCCUCGGCACGCUUCCUCACCGAGCACGAGAAGCUGCAGGCCAUCGAACGCCUUCGAGCCAACCAGACCGGCACAGGAGGUAACGAGUUCAAGUGGGGCCAGGUUUGGGAAGCUCUCUACGAGCCCAAGAGCUGGCUCUUUGUCGGUAUGGCUGUGUGCCUCAACGUCACCGCCGCUGUGACGAACACCUUUGGCCCCAUUGUCAUUUCCGGCUUCGGCUUCGACAGCAUGAAGAGCUCUCUGCUUAACAUUCCGUUCGGUUUCGUCCAGCUCGUCGUCAUCUUCCCAGCGUCCUACCUCGCUCACCGAUUCCGCAUCAAGUCGGCCUUCCUCGCAGCGAUCCUCGCCCCUGUGCUCGCCGGGGCGGUUAUGCUCUAUGUCCUUCCCAGGAACAGCAUCCCACCUCUCCUCGCGGCGUACUACAUGCUUGCAUUCCUCUUCGGUGGAAACCCUCUCAUCGUCUCUUGGAUGAUUUCCAACAUUGCCGGUACCACAAAAAAGUCCGUCAUCAUGUCCUUGUACAAUGCGGGGUCGUCUGCCGGCAACAUUAUCGGGCCGCUCCUCUUCGACGCCAAAGAUGCUCCCGAGUACAAGCCUGGUCUUACCAAGGUCAUGGGUAUCACCUGUGCUUUGCUCGCCGUCAUUGGUCUGCAGGUUAUCAACCUCUUCAUCUCCAAUAAGAUGCAGGAGCGCAAGAGAGUCGCCAACGGCAAGCCGAGAAAGAUUCAGGAUCUGAGUAUGGAGCACCACUAUGUCAGCGCACAGAAUGAUGCGGCCGGUGCACAGCUGGGAGACAAUGCCUUCUUGGACUUGACUGACCGCCAGAAUGAUGAGUUUGUGUAUGUCUACUAA